CUUUACAAAUAUGGCAACAGAACAGAAGCUACUCGUUGCAAGAUUCCAUUUUUCUGAAAGAAGCGUAGCGGCGAAAAUAUCGUAGUUAUGUCUUACAGGCACUAUGUGCAAAUAGGCAGGGUGGCCUUAAUUUCAUUCGGAAGAGAUGCUGGAAAACUUUGCACAAUCGUAGAUGUUGUUGAUCAAAACAGAGCCUUAGUGGAUGGCCCUUGCACUAAAGUUGGAAGACAGGCUGUUAAAUUCAAGCGUCUACGGCUCACCAAAUUUCGUCUCAAAUUCCCUCACAGUACCUCCUCCAGAGUGGUUCGUAAGGCUUGGGAAGAAGAAAAGAUUACAGAGAAAUGGAACGAAACUUCCACAGCAAAGAAAAUAGAAGCAAGGAAACUGAAAGCUAAAAUGACAGAUUUUGAUCGGUUUAAAGUUUACAAAGUUAAGCAACAGAUGAAUCGUACCAUCAGAGAUGCAUAUUUGCGCCUGAAGGCUAAAAAUCGUAAGAAUCCACCAAAGCCAAGACCUAAAAGGUUCAGAAGCAAAAAAGUUGCAAAGAAAGCAUAAACUGUAAAAUAUAAUUCAGCAUUUUUUGAAUAAAAAGUUGAUCCUAUGUGUA